UUGCAUAAAAGCUCUUCCAACCAUCCGAUUAAUUGAAAAAAAAUGUUAUAAUGGUCCUGUUUCAUUAUGUUCUAAAAAAACACAAAAACUAUGCAUUAACCCAAGAUGAGUUCCUUGGAUAAUUCAAGAAACAUAAGUCCCUAACCUUUUUUUAAAAAAAAAGCUCAUUACCUUUAGAUAAACUGUUAUUUAUUUUAUCGAAAAGAAAAUGUGCUGUGCAAAGAAAGUAAAGAAAUUUAUUCAAUAGCAAUUGUAGGCAAUACAAAUAAUGCAUUCUGCUGAAACAAUAUAAUCAAAUGUUAUCCUGCCCUUUGUUUAUCCGAGCGGUGUAACCAGUUGUCACCUGAGACUGGUCUCUGCGGACCACAUCACCAUGGCACCAGCUUUACAUGAUACCACAGGUGACUCGCAGUAAAGCCAUUCAGAAGGUAAAGUGCAUGUGAUGAAGAAGGAGAUGAACUGCCUUUCUAUUGGGGAAGUAAAGAAAAAACAUUGUGAGCAAAAAUGUCUUUGGGUCACUACAGCUUCCUAAACUGGGCUUGUGUUAGACGAACAAGUUCGUCCCCGUUGUCCUCAUUUAUGAUAUUGACUGUGCUGGCAGUGUUUCUCAAAGCAAAUGUGACAUUAGCAAUCAAAGUGACUUCUAAUGGGCCACAGACUAUACAGAUGGCUCAGGGGGAGCGUGUUAUGUUAGACUGCACCUACACGUCGACUCCAGACGACGUAGGCGAGCUUGACAUCGAGUGGUCGGUUGUCAGCCCAGAUACAACGAAAAAGGACCAUAUGAUCAUAUCAUAUACAGGUCGAAGGAAAUAUAUCCUUGGUGAAAGUGCAUUUAUGAAAGGUGUGGAUUUCACAGAUGCAGACCCCGCCCAGGGCGAGGCAUCUCUCUCGAUAUCCUCACUCGCAGCCUAUCAUGCUGGAACGUAUCAGUGCAAAGUAAAGAAGACACCCGGUGUGGACAGUCGGAAGAUCUCUCUGAUCGUGAUGGUGAGGCCAUCAGUACCCAAGUGUUGGGUGAAUGGAGGAGAGGCUGUAGGUUUGCCUGUGUCACUGCACUGUAGCUCAGAUCAGGGCUCUGCCCCCCUGCUAUAUUCGUGGAGGAGAGAGAGCGGUGGUCCCAUUCCUUCAGAUGCUGUUCAGUAUUCCCACACAGGAGAACUUCUUAUCAAUAACCACUCCAUAAGCCACAGUGGUAUCUACUCGUGUGAAGUCUCAAAUGCAGUUGGAAAAGAAAGCUGCCGGAUUGACCUUCAAGCUGUGAAGCUUCCUAACAGAGCUGGAGUCAUCUCAGGCACUAUUGUUGGAUGUCUGCUGCUCAUCACAACUGUGCUGUUGGUUAUAUGGCUCGUCGUCUUUAAAUGUGAUACUAAAUGUGAUAGAAACCGGCAGGAUAAAGAGUUCUCCAAUGAGAUCAGAGAGGACGCUCCUGCCCCUGAGAGUCGCCCUACCAGCCGUAUCUCAAGCUUUCGCUCAGGUGUGGCCUACAGUCAAGUGGACCAAUCCCAAAAAGAAUACCCCCCUUCCAUUAACACCAGUUACAGCACUGCAAAGUAUGACAGCAGAUUCGGCUAUGCAGUGUGAUAGUCAGUUUUAAUAGUUGGUCACUUUGAUAUACGAUUUGCUUAUCAGAAAAUCUUAUUUUCUUAAAUGAUUAAUACAAUUCUUUGUUCAGUUUGAGAUGAUCAGUGUUGGGUAAAUUACUCUGAAAAAGUAAUUAAUUACUAGUUACUCAUUACAUAUUCAAUAGUGUAAUUAGAUUACUGUCCAAAUUACUCUGUCCAAAAAGUAUUUAGUUACUCAUUCGGCUACUAAUUACUUUCUAUAUCCUACAUCAACCUUGAUUAGUUAAGUGAUUCAAGGAUAGACAUGAAAUAAUAUAAUAAUUAAUAAUAAAUAAUAUUAUUAACUGACCAAAGUAUUACAAAGUUGAUAAUUAUACAUUAAAUCACAGAUUUUAAAGUAAGACUUUGAAUUUUGAUGUCAAUUACACUAUUGCACACGCAUAUAUUUCACAAAGUAUUUAGUUUAAGUACAUCAAAAGUAACUGUAAUUAAAUUACAGAAAACAUAUGAGUAAUCCCUUACUUUACUUUUUCAAGGGAAAAGUAAUUAAAAUACAGUAACUAAUAACUAAGUAACUAGUUACA